AGAAACAUAAUUGUUGAUAUAAAGUUCCCUUUUUCCUACUGUGGUGGUGUUCAUACUAUCAUUACAAAAUAUUAUGUUAUUUUUUACUAACUAUCAAUAUUCAAUAAUUCCAUAAGUUGGAAUUACCUAGUUUCCAAUUAGAAUUUUUAAGAAAAUACUGUGUGGUGAACUCUGCUUUGGCAAAUUUCUUUCUUAACAUAAUUAAACAGCCAUGACUAUUGAUGAUUCAAGCAUAAUUUCAACUCCAACCAGGCUAGAGGGAAAAUAUAGUGGAAUGGUGGUAUGUUGGAUUCUUGGACUUGGGUCACUUGUUUCUUGGAAUAGUAUGCUAACAAUUGGUGAUUAUUAUUAUCAACUUUUUCCUAAAUACCAUCCUUCAAGGGUGCUUACUCUCGUUUAUCAGCCGUUUGCACUCGCGACAAUGGUUAUUCUUGUAUAUAAUGAGGCAAGAAUCAAUACAAGAAAGCGUAACCUAACUGGAUUCACUCUUUUCUUCUUAAGCACAUUCGCGCUCUUAGUGUUGGAUUUGGCCACGUCAGGAGCUGGCGGUCUUGGAAAUUACAUUGGUAUAUGUGCUAUAGUCGCGGCUUUUGGAGUUGCUGAUGCUUUUGUUGAAGGUGGAAUGGUUGGAGAUUUAUCCUUCAUGUGCCCUGAAUUCAUCCAAUCAUACUUAGCCGGUCUGGCUGCGUCUGGUGCUCUCACCUCGGCUUUAAGGCUUGUGACUAAAGCAGCUUUUGAAAGGGCUAGUAACGGUCUUCGCAAAGGAGUUAUGUUGUUUCUGGCUAUCUCCACAUUCUUUGAAUUUCUAUGCAUUCUUCUAUACGCGUUCGUCUUUCCUAAGCUACCAAUCGUUAAGUACUACCGCACAAAGGCAGCAGCAGAGGGAUCAAAAACUGUUGCAGCAGACUUAGCUGCCGCAGGCAUCCAAACUGAAGCAACCGAAAGAGUAAGCAACUUAUCGUUAACUAAAAAAUUUGUUUAUGGCUUCUUGAUCUUAAUUAACAUUUUGUCGACUGAACAGGUUGAUGCUAACGCUAAACAAUUGGAGCGUCUGAGCAACAAACAGCUGUUCUUUCAGAACAUCGAUUACUUAUUGGAUUUGUUCUUGAUUUAUGUCCUGACUCUGUCGAUUUUCCCAGGAUUCUUGUACGAGAAUACUGGUUCACACAAAUUAGGCUCAUGGUAUGCUUUAGUCUUGAUAGCAGUUUACAACAUGUUUGAUUUGAUAGCAAGAUACAUUCCAUUGAUAGAGAAAAUCAAGUUGAAAUCACGGAAUGGCCUAAUGAUCGCAACACUAUCUCGUUUCUUGUUCAUUCCUUGUUUCUACUUCACUGCAAAAUACGGUGAUCAAGGCUGGAUGAUAAUGCUCGUGUCCGUCCUUGGACUCACUAACGGUUAUCUCACCGUGUGUGUCCUCACAGUUGCUCCUCAGGGAUACAAGGGUCCUGAGCAAAAUGCAUUGGGCAACUUGCUAGUCUUAUGCCUACUUGCUGGACUAUUCUCUGGUGUUGCACUGGAUUGGUUGUGGAUUAUUGGUAAUGACAAAUUCUAACAAAGAAAUUGAUAUAUACAUAGGUAUCGUUAACGACGUUAUACAAAAUGUUAAAAUCUCUUUUUCGACUCUCCACGAGUCUGCAGUAUAAUAGGUGUGAGUUCAAUUUUCACAGUA